CCCCGGGGGUCCCCGAGUGACCGCUGUGACCCCGGGGUCACCGCAGGGUACGGCUGUGCGGGCACCACGUCGGUGGGCUACGGGCUGGUGACGCGGGAGCUGGAGCGGGUGGACAGCAGCUACCGCUCGGUGCUCAGCGUGCAGUCCUCCCUGGUCAUGUACCCCCUGUGGGCCUACGGGACCCCCGCCCAGCGCGAGCGCUUCCUGCCCCGCCUCGCUCGGGGGGAGAUCGUGGGGUGCUUCGGGCUGACGGAGCCCAACCACGGGAGCGACCCGGGGCGGAUGGAGACGCGGGCACGGCACAACCCCAGCGCCGGCACCUACACCCUGCGCGGCUCCAAGACCUGGAUCACCAACUCGCCCAUAGCCGACCUGUGCGUGGUGUGGGCUCGCUGCGAGGAGGACGGGCGGGUCCGGGGCUUCCUGGUGGAGCGCGGGACCCCCGGGCUGAGCACCCCCAAAAUCGAGGGCAAGUUCUCCCUGCGGGCCUCGACCACCGGGAUGAUCCUGCUGGACGACGUGGAGGUGCCCGAGGAGAACGUGCUGCCCAACGCCGAGGGGCUGGCGGGUCCCUUCGGCUGCCUGACCCAGGCGCGUUACGGCAUCGCCUGGGGCGCGCUGGGCGCCGCCGAGGCCUGCCUGGAGACGGUGCGGCAAUACGUGCUCGACAGGAAGCAGUUUGGGGGCCCGCUGGCCCGCAACCAGCUGGUGCAGAAGAAGCUGGCGGACAUGGUGACGGAGAUCACGCUGGGGCUCCACGCCUGCCUGCGGCUCGGCCGCCUCAAGGACGAGGGCAGGGCCGCCCCCGAGAUGGUUUGGGGGGCUCAGAGGUCUCUGAGUGACCACUGUGACUUUGGGGGGUCCCCGAGUGACCGCUAUGAUCCCGGCGGUCUCUGA